UCGAGACUGCCUCAAACGAGAGUCUGGUCAGAUUGCUAUUUGAAUUUUGUGAUACCAAAACGAGGCUUACCGAAAAAUCGGUAAAGUUUUUCAUUGGCUGACAGCUACACACCCACAAAAUAAAAAAAAAAAAUAAAAAAAUGGCGACUGAGAGAAAGUUUCAAGAAGCUCUGGAGUUCACGCUUGUGCAAAGAAACAUCGAUUUCCAACUGAAAGAUUUGCAGCUCGCUAUUCUGAAGGAUGUCGUUAUGAGUAAGAAAGACGUUUUAGCGGUGUUACCGACAGGAUAUGGGAAAACUAUCAUCUAUUCGCUUAAACCAACUCUGGUGGAUGCAUAUGAAAGCAAAACGGACAGUAUUGUUAUCGUUGUUUCCCCACUGGUUGCUCUGAUGGAAGACCAGGUUGUCAAUAUUGAAGCUAGUGGGAUCCGCUGUGUAUACGCAAGUAAACAGCAAACAAGAGAAACUGAUACAGAGCUGAAAAAUGGAACAGUCCCGAUUUUGAUGAUGAGCCCAGAAGCCCUUUUCCACGGGGAAUGGAGACAGCUGUUUUCUUCCGAAACAUAUCAGACUAGAGUUGCAGCCAUUGUUGUUGAUGAAGCACACUGUGUAGAACAAUGGGGAGAUGAAUUCCGAACGGAUUAUGGAAGAUUAGCAGAGCUGAGAAGCAUUUUACCAAAAGCUGGUAUGCUGGCUUUGACAGCCACGGCUUCACCAAAUUCCCGAAUGUUAAUAAAGAAAAAGCACUGUAUGGAACAAGCAAGUGUGAUUGUCGGAAACUGUAACAGACAAAACAUUACCCUAAAUUGUGUUAAAGCACCAUAUGAUCCUAAAGCAGCAUUCCUGUGGUUAGUUGAACGCCUUGAGACAGAAAAGUAGCAGUAUCCAAAGACUGUCAUAUAUUGUCGCAGCAUAAAAUCAUGUUCACUUUUAUUUAAACUGUUUACAGAUAUUAUGGGAGACCUUGCAUAUUGUGGAACUAUAUGUGCAAAAAACCGGUUAUUUGCCAUGUAUCACCAUUCAACCUCAACAAAAUGUAAGAAGAUCAUCAUGGAUUCCAAAUUAUCUGAUGUCUUUGCUUCUCUGUGAAAAGUGCAUUCACACCUGCUAAAAGCAAGAAAGAUUCAAGUCUGUACUUAAUCUUGUGUGAAAGGUCAUAUACUAAUAGACCAUACUUCCAGUGUCUUAUCUGUCGAAUACCAUCCCCAUUUCUAGUAGCUAGAACAGAGAUUUUCCUGAGAAGCCCAUAUUUUGUGACAUUGGUGGCAUAAUAGUACACUCCAUCAUCAACUAUUGGCCCUUCAAUGGCAGUUUCAUCAUCUUCAAUCCUAUUGACUGUUACUGUCAAGCUGUUCAAGAAGAAUGUGUCCACUAUUUCCCCAACAAUCUUAUCUAACAACCUCUUCUGUGAACAUAUAUGAAGUUAAUAGUAGCAUUAAAGAUGGAACACAUCUAGAUACUAGUAGAGGCAAGGUCCAAAACAUGUUAUAAGUUGGACAUUAAUUAUAACUACCUGCAGGAAAUUUAUUUUCUCAUGAAAAUCUUCCACCAUAGUUAUCAAACCCUCCAAUCUUUCCUCUUGUGUAUCUCCAUCAAGACGAGCCAUAUGUGCACCUCUAAUUCGCUCACACGUCAAUUGGUCACCUCCAACUGGAAUUGCUUGCAUCUUAGGAUUUGUUUCUUCUCUGAAAAAAACCCCAAGGAAAUUCAUGGAAUUUAUAUUCCCACUUUCUUGACAUAUUUGAAGUUACAUAUUGUUUACAUAUAAGUUAAAACAUGUCAUUAUCAAGGUAUUGAUAACUAAUGUAUUCAUUGAAAAUAUGAAAAGUAUAUUUGUAAUUUGUUUGUAUUCACUAUAUAUUAAUAUCAAAGAAUAAAACUGCAAUUGAAAUCAAUAAAUAGUUAAUUAUUGAU